AUGCUGCUGAGCGGAGCGGCCGGCUCGGAGCGCGGCGGCGGCGGCGGCGGGGCGGGGGCCGGCGGGGCCCCGCAGUGCGUGGGCACCAUGGCCCGCUGGCUCCGCGAGCACCUGGGCUUCCGCAGCGCCCGGCCCGCGCCCCCCGCGCCGCCCAAGCCCGACUACCGCGCCGGGCCGCCGCCGCAGCCGCCCCCGCCGCCCGGGGGCGCGGCCGAGCCGCUGGCCGCCGCCCAGCCCGACAUCGUGGCGGCCUACCGGCUGCAGAAGGAGCGCGACUUCGAGGACCCCUACAGCGGCCCGCCACCCGCCGCCGCCGCCCCCGACGGGCCCCGCUACGUCUCGCCCAAGCACCGGCUCAUCAAGGUGGAGGCGGUGGAGAAGGUGCCCGUCAGCCCCCCGCCGCCGCCGCUGGUGCCCGCCGCCCCCAGCUCACCCCCGGCCGGCCCCGAGCCGCCCGACGAGCCGCCGCAAGAGCUGGCUGUCCUGGAGGACUACGCAGAUCCCUUCGAUGCGGCGCAGGUGGCAGGUAGCCAGACAGGGCUGGAGAAGGUGACUGAGAAUGAUGGAUAUAUGGAGCCAUAUGAAGCCCAGAAGAUGAUGGCUGAGAUCCGCCAGAAGGGCUUACGGGAGGCUCCUGCCCGGCCGCUGCACCUCUACGACACUCCCUACGAGCCUGUGCUGGACAUGGACAGUGAGCGCCCGGCCUGCCCCAGGCCCAGGGAGUCCCGGCUGCCCGAGGACGACGAGCGGCCACCAGAGGAGUACGACCAGCCCUGGGAGUGGAAGAAGGAGCGGAUCUCCAAAGCCUUCGCAGUUGAAAUCAAGGUCAUUAAAGACCUGCCAUGGCCCCCGCCGGUGGGACAGCUGGACAGCGGUGAAAGCCCCCCGGACGGCGAGGCCGGUGCCCCCGUCCCUCCGCAGCACGGCCAGCACAGCUAUGAAGACGCCAAUGGUCCCUCGGAGGGGCUGGGCUACGGCCGCACCUCGCCCUGCAGGGAGGAGAAGGCCAGGGCUGCCCUCAGACACGGCCCCAGCAGCCUCAAGAGCACGAAGACGCUGAUGGCUGAGCCCGGCCCCUUUGUCGGGGAGAGGAUUGACCCUGCCCUACCCCUGGAGAGCCAGUGCUGGUACCACGGGGCCAUCAGCCGGACGGACGCGGAGACGCUGCUGAGGCUGUGCAAGGAGGCCAGUUACCUGGUGCGCAACAGCGAGACCAGCAAGAACGACUUCUCCCUCUCCUUGAAGAGCAGCCAGGGUUUCAUGCACAUGAAACUGUCCCGGACCCAGGAGAACAAGUACGUGCUGGGUCAGCACAGCCCGCCCUUCGACAGCGUGCCGGAGAUCAUCCAUCACUACGCCAGCCGCAAGCUGCCCAUCAAGGGGGCCGAGCACAUGUCCUUGCUUUACCCGGUGGCAAUCCGUACCCUAUAGUACUCACCCCCCACGAGCCAGGCUCGAGGCCGGGUGUACCCAAAACCAGCCCAUGCGCAGGGCCGAGCGCUGCCAUGCCGAGGAUGGGCUCCGGACCGUCAGCCCACGAGCAGCUCGCUGGGCACGGCCGGUGCCGUUGGGGGAUUGCUGCAGCCGGACCCCUCGUCCUGCUCUCUCGGAGGGCUCCCGUGCACUGGUUUGCCCACUGGCAUGGCACCGGAGGGACCCCCUGUGCGAGGAGCUGAGUGGGGCUCGCCGGCUGCCCGCUGCCGUCGCCUGCCUCCAGGCAGAGCUCAGGACACAAGGACUGGAGCUGGGGCCUGGGAGAUGCCGGGGAGGGGGGGCAGUGUGUGCGAAUACGGGGAUAAAUCAUCCAGUAGCAGGCCUGAGGUGCCUCUGUGAGGGUGCCUGGCACUGCCCAUGAGAGACAAAAGGGCUGUGCCUGUGGGCGAGGAGGCUGGCGGAGGCGAGCGGGGCCUACCCGGGGCUAGCGAGGUGCAGGGGGCCGGGCAGGCUGGCCCUCACCUGCACAGGUGCUCGGUACUCAAUGCCAUCCUUUGCCAAAUGUAAAUAGAGACCGGCCUGGGCUGCACGUGCAGCACCACUGCCUAAUAAAGCGGUGCAUGGUCACCUCCUGCUCCACGGGGACUGUGCCCGCAUCCCACCCUGAGUGGGGCAACUGUGUGGCAAAAUGGCAGGGAGGGGCAUUUUGUUACACAAAAGCUCUAAGUGAAGUGAUUUUUCCUGUGCUUUUGCAUGCACUGAGACCCUCUGUGCCUAAGCAAUCAGCUGACUCCUCCGAGACACAGGGGACAAGGGUGGUCAUGUCCUUGCGAUGUCUUUGAGACCCUUCAUGGGCAGUGACGAGCCAAUUUUGGAUAUGCCUGUUACUCCCUGUAGAAGGGGGUGCUCUUCAGGAUCUUUUGGCUCCUUGUUUUCCUUCACCUGUUGUAAGUCUGAGGCAAAAUCCCUGAAUUUCACAGAUUUCCUGAUCUCUUCCUCUGA